GUUCGACAAGACACAGAGAACCUUGCAGAAAAAUAUUGAAGAAGACAAGUUAUUCUCCACGAGCAAGAGAAAUUUUGAAGAAUACAAGUUAUUCUUCACGAGCAAGAGAAAUUUUGAAGAAUACAAGUUAGGAAGAAAAUCUAGGGUUGUGCGAUUUUCUGGGCGAUUUAGAACUAGGGUUGUGCGAUUUUCUGGGCGAUUUAGAGCUAGGGUUGUGCGAUUUUCUUGGCGACCUCUGUUCGUUCGAGCAAGAGAAGAGAAGAUAAGAGAAGGUAACGUUCUGGGUGACCUCUGUUCUUUCGAGCUAGGGUUUCCCUUUGUGCUUGAGAACGGGGAAAUCUUUGGCCGCUAUCCAAGCAAGCAUCGACCUCUGUUCGUUCGAGCAAGAGAAGGGAAGGUGGAGAUACUGAUGGUAAAAGUAUAGUCCAUUUUGUUUUGGAUUCUUUGGUGCGUCUGAUUUUCAACUUCCCUCCAUUUAUCCUUUUAUAAUGUUGGCAAGACUGAAAUUGUUGUAAAUUGAAUACUUAUUGAGGGUUCUUGAUGGAUAAUGUCCAUGGACAGUCACUCCCUCCUGGUGUUCAGUUGUUUCCAAAUAAUUCAUUGAGCUCAGCUUCAUUGAAUCCAUCUAUCUCACAAUGUCCUCCACCUUGUGUCAGUGGUGUGAGACCUGAUCAUUCUCACUAUUCUGGAAACAAUAUGUUCCCUUCCCCCCAAUAUAAUGCAAGUUUUUCUCCUGCUAACCAGAGCUUCAUUCCACAAUUCCAACCAUUAAGUCAGUUUAAUUUUUCCCCAUUUGCCCCUAAUUUACCAGGGCAAAGGCCUGAGAACUUCCAAAUAGAUAAUGUUCUUCAGCCUAGCAUGACAAACCAUCAGCCUGUCAGACAGCAGGUUCCAUCAUUAAAUGAGAUUAGUCAUUUGGAUACACAGCCUGUUGAUGUUAAUGGGCAACAACAAGCACAGUUUAGGGAGAACAAUUGUGCAAAUCAACCAGGAACAAAUGGAGUCUCUGAGACAUCUAGCUUAUGUCAAGAUGAAUCAAUAAGUGCAACAAAAUACAGUGUGGGCAUGAUUGAUCAGCACUCACAACAACAAACUGAGAUGGGUGGUGAAAUUUCUCAGCAGAACAAGAAACAGAAAACCCAUGAGACAGCAUUCCAGGGGAAAUUAAUUUUGGGAAGCCAUGUUAAUGGAAAUGAUCCAAGUAAACAUGUCUUCACUACCUCGUCAAUUCUUCAAGAAUCUGAUCAUCUUAACCAUGCUGAAGAUGCUCGUGAUUCAACAACCAAGUACUCAAAGUUUAUUGAUGCCGCUGCUCAGGAAGCUGUGCUGCGUGAACAAGAAAUUGCUACCCAACAAAUCAUAAAUAGUCAAAGACAAGCAAGGGAUUCAACUGGACUAGUUGAGGAUAAUAAAGAUAUUCUCUCAGGGCGUUGUGACCCCAAUGCACUGAAGGAGGUUCUGUUGAAGAUGACUGCAGACCAUCGUGCAGAAGUGGCCUCAAAGCGUGGGAAAUCCACCCUUCCUGAGAAAGGCAACCUAGAAAUUGGGAAUGGAUAUGGUGUCCCAGGUGGAAGUGCUUAUUAUGGUGCCCCAAGGCCUACUACCACAUCUGGAGUGUCUGGGCUUGAAAUCCAGGAAAAGGGCAAGAAUAAUCCUGAAGUGGAGAAAGAAUCAGAAUCUAAUUCUGUUCCAAAAGAGUUGCCUGAGUACCUCAAGCAGAAGUUAAGAGCCAGGGGUAUUCUCAAAGAUGAAACAGCAAAAGGGUGUUCUGUGACAACUGACAAAAAUUUGGGAGCUCAAACAACUCAACCUGCAACUGUUGUAAAGUUGCCUCCUGGAUGGGUGGAAGCAAAGGAUCCUGCAAGUGGUUCUAUAUAUUAUUACAAUGAGAAUACUGGGCAAAGCCAAUGGGAGAGCCCUAUUGAGAGUGCUAAUAGUGCCCAAUCUCCAUCAGUUUUACCUCUUCCACCAUAUUGGCAAGAGGCAAUUGAUGAAACAACAGGUCAGAAGUAUUACUAUAACACAAAGACCCAUGUUUCACAAUGGGAAUGGCCGGAUUCCUCAUUAGCAACCAGCUCACAACAUGCUGAGGCAGAUGAUCAAUCAUCUAUGCUAAAGAGAUGCAUGGGAUGUGGUGGAUGGGGACUUGGCCUGGUUCAGACAUGGGGAUAUUGCAAUCACUGCACAAGGGUUCUUAAUCUUCCUUUUCAACAAUACUUGGCACAUGGUUCAACCGAUCAGUCACAAACUGGGAUUACUGCAACUAAAAAAGAAGCUCAAAACAAAGUGCCCUUUAAGCAAAGUUUGGAUCCUAGGCCCAAUUCAAAACCAACUGGAAAAGGCAAUAGAAGAGAAAACAGGAGACGUCUGCAGGCCGAGGAUGAUGAGUUAGAUCCUAUGGAUCCAAGUUCUUAUUCUGAUGCUCCUCGAGGUGGCUGGGUAGUUGGUCUCAAAGGAGUACAGCCAAAAGCAGCAGAUACCACUGCCACGGGUCCUCUCUUUCAGCAACGUCCAUACCCAUCUCCUGGUGCUGUCCUGCGAAAGAAUGCUGAAAUUGCCGCACAAACCAAGAGGCCUAAUUCUCAUUAUACACCCAUAUCCAAGAAAGGAGAUGGAAGUGAUGGUCUUGGAGAUGCUGACUGAGGCUGUUUGGAUUAUACGACAGGAUGAUACAGGUGCAUAGUUCUGUUUGCUUUUGUAGAUUUGAUGGAUAUUCCAAAGUUGUCCAAAUUAUCUGGUGAUGUAAGAAAGAACUUAUAAAUUUCUACUUGACAAAAUAUAGUGUAUCAUCACCUACCCACCAGCACCAAUCCAUGAUAACGUGAUCUGGUCAGGAGAAUAAUGUUAUAUCCAAAGCUGCAAAACUUGUCACUGUAUAGAUGCAUCUUUUCAGUGGUACCAUUAUCUCCAUCAAAGCAGUUUAUUGGGAAGUGAUACAUCUCAUUUUGCAAAGCAAUAAUACUUUUUACUAGUGUUGCCUAAAGAAGGGUGGCUGACUUGUUUUCUGCGGAGAACAUGCAAAUAUUCCUUUGGUUUGCAAAUUUGGAUGCGACUUUGGAUUUAAUUUUGGGGCUCUUGGUACUUGUCUGAUUACUAGGUUCACUUUGGAGUAUCCAAUUGACAGUGCAAACACAAUGUAUAAAAGCUAUGAACAAGUCUUGCCUGACUUACCUCUUGAUUCGCUUCAGGAGUAUUUGGUUGACAGUUUGAACACAAGAUAUUAAGGGUGUACAAGGUUGAAACUGCAAACAAUCUACAUUAGGCAAAAGUUUUGACAUACAAGCAAUACAAAUUGUGGUACAGGAAAACUUGUAAAGUGAUUUCCAAUGGUUAAGAAUUCAAGGUUUUAUAUCUGUAGUUGCUUUUAUGUUAUCAUGUUUUGAUAGCGUGGAAUAUAUCUUCAGAGAUUAAUGUUCAAAUAGUUUGUA